CCUAUGGUUAAGUUGAUGAAGCCGAUUAUCCUGUCUUGAAGCGUUCAAAGAUGAAAACGGUAAGAACGCAUUCAAUGAGGAAAUACCUUCCACAAACCGUUCACUUCAUUUAGGAACUUUUCAACUAAGUUGAACAUACCGUUGUACAAUUUCAUGCGAUCAUUCGCAUCGAUUUCAUUGCCUGGACGAUCGGUCAAUUUGUAUAUAAAUGCUGUUUGCAAUGUCCUUCUUUCAUAUCUUCAUCCAAACAAAUUUUCAAGAUGCUCUUCAAGUCUAUCGCUGCUGCUACUGCUGUUCUCGGUUUCGUUGCCUCUAGCUUGGCAGCUCCCGCCGUUGUCCCCACUCCUUUCUCCGGUAUCCACAACAAGAAGGGUAUUGCUGGUCUUCGCCCUGCCAAUGUUACCACCACUCCCACUGGAAGAGCUUCCGUUCAGAUCACUUAUCAUGGCGGUCCUAUUAUGACUGGUACCAUCAAAGUCUACCCCAUUUUCUACGGUACAUGGACUGCUGCUCAAAAGACUAUUGUCAACACCUUUAUCAGCGGUGUUAGCUCUUCCACCUGGUGGAACAUCGAAAAGACUUACCACGAUAACUCUGGUAACUAUGUUACUGGACCAGUUACUCUCGGUACUGCCUAUGCCGACAACUACUCUCAAGGCAAGAGCUUGAGCGACAACUCCAUCGAGACCAUUGUCUCUCACGCUAUCAGUGCAGGUGGUCUUCCCGUUGAUGCUAACGGUAUCUACGCUGUUCUCACUGCUGGUGAUGUUUCUGAGACCUCUGGUUUCUGCUCCCAAUACUGUGGCUGGCACACAGAUGGAACCAUCUCAGGAAAGGAUCUCAAGUACUUGUUUGCUGGUCUUGCUACCGCCUGCCCCAGUGGCUGCAUUGCCCCCAACAACCAGAAGACCUCUCCCAACGGUGACGUUGCCGUCGAUGGAAUGAUUUCCGUCCUUGCUCACGAAAUUGUCGAAGCUGCCUCCGACCCCGACUUGAACGCCUGGUAUGAUGCCUCUGGCCAAGAGAAUGCCGAUAAGUGUGCCUGGACUUUCGGUACCACCAAGACUGCCUCCAACGGUGCUGCAUACAACGUUGUCGUCGGUGGAAAGGACUACUUGAUCCAGCAAAACUGGAACGCUGCUACCCAAGCCUGCGCUCUGUCUGCUUAAGUUGUAGGCUAUAUUUAACUAUCAGUACACUUUUCUAAGUUAUGAAAAUAAACGUA